AUGUCUGCUUAUGCCUUCUUUGUGCAGACAUGCAGAGAACCUGAGACGAAAAACCCAGAGGUCCCUGUAAAUUUUGCAGAAUUUUCCAAGAUGUGCUCUAAGAGGUGGAAGACAAUAUCUGGGAAAGAGAAGUCUAAAUUUGAUGAAAUGGCAAAGGCAGAUAAAGUGCGUUAUGAUCGGGAAGUGAAGGAUUAUGGACCAGCUAAGGGCAGCAAGGCGGAGGACCCUAAUACCCCCAAAAGGCCACUAUCUGGAUUCUUCCGGUUCUGUUCAGAAUUCCGCCCCAAGAUCAAAUCUACAAACCCUGGUAUCUCUAAUGGAGAUGUGGCAAAGAAGCUGGGUGAGAUCUGGAAUAACUUAAGUGACACUGAAAAGCAACCUUACAACAGUAAGGCAGCGAAGCCUAAGAUGUACGAGAAGGAUGUCGCUGACUAUAAGUCUAAAGGAAAGCUUGAUGGUGCAAAGGAUCCCAACACCCAACAAAGUUGCCCGGAAGGAAGUGGAAGAGGAAGAUGA